ACGCGACUUGUCGCUCGGGUGUGUAACAAAUGGGAGGGUAAAACACGAGGACGCUCGCUGUGCGCGUCCGUUUGCCACCUUCUGAAAUUCUCCUUUCACUUUCGAUACCAGCGGGGUUAAAGGAGGAAGACGCGCACAAAUCGUGUAGACUUUACCCAACUUCACCGAGUCUGAGCGAAAGUAAUCCUCCAGUGUUUGUGCAGUUCAGGGGUGGCAGUGCUUCCUGUCACAAUAAGGAGGAAGUCCGAAAAACCGAGACCAGCUGUUGCACAAAGAAGGAUCAAAAUGAGCCUCCAGGAAGAGGUGGAGAAGAGCUACGACCCGAACGAUGCCACCCUGAAAUUUGUCGACAGGGAGGACGACAUAGAUCCGUUAUCUGACAGCUGCCUCAGAGCAGAGAUGUCCUGCGGUCACGCCGUCACUCCUGAAUCUCUAACGUCGUGGUGUCGCAGCCUGCUAAAGCAGGGGAAGUAUGAAUUCAGAUGCCCCGCAUUAGUAGAUGGAACCAAACAGUGCAAUGAGCUGUGGCCGUACAAAGAGGUGCGCAGACUGGCUGAUCUGUCUGUGGAGGAAAUGGAGGAGUUUGAAGAGUCCAUGGCCCGACUGGCUGCAGCAGACUACUGUGAGAUCAAGCCAUGCCCUCGGUGCAGAACAAAUGUGGAGAGGAAGAAUCUCUCCAACCUGUGUGUCCAGUGCACCAUAUGUACAGCAGAUAAGAAGAAGGCCUACCAGUUCUGCUGGCAGUGUCUGAAGCGGUGGAAGGGUCCAGGCCCUCGAUCCGACCGCUGCAACAACAAUGGCUGCAACAACAAGGAUCUCGAGCUUCUCAGAAACUGCAAGGACACCACCCUCCCUCAGGUGCAAGGGGUCGACAGGUGUCCUUCCAUCCGGGCCUGUCCCACCUGUGGUCAGAUAGCGGAGCACGACAGUACAGGCUGCAAGAACAUCACCUGUUGUCGCUGUCAGGUCGAGUUCUGCUUUGUGUGUCUGAAGCUCACUCCGGAGUGUCUGAAGACAAGCUCCUACUUCAUCCCCUGCAGCGACGGAGUGGCCCCCAGACAAACCUCCAUACCUGUGUGGCACAGACGCUAAGAAAGAAUGUGACUGUUCCUGUCCGCCGUCAGUCUGAGACACUCACAGCAGGUGUUUUACAACGAAGAGUCUGUUUGCUCUUACAAAUCAGCAGCAUUAAAAUGAUCUGUUCUUUUCACUGAUAAACCUGAAUUAUGUUUUUAAAUAACACAUUUUGGUGAUCAUAUUGUCAAAAAUGAUAUUGUGGAAAUUAGUUCCUUACAAUUUGUGUAUGUAGAAAAACAUAACUACAUAAAUCUACAGUUUCCCUUUAUUACCUAAAGGGCACGGUCCUGUUUGCUCACAUUUGAUUGAUUAUAAAUAAAAAAACCUACCAACUGUCAUCAGAUUUAGAUUCAGAUGUCGAUGUAGCAUCUCAUCACUUGCAGGAAGAAGCUGAUUGAAAAAAUACAUUGUUAGAAACAUGACUGCUUUUUUUGUGAAACCAAUGCACGCUUGUAGUAAUUCAUAAAUAUAACAGUGAUAUUGCACUGGAAACUGCUUUUUUAAAAUUCUAUUUGGACAAGAUUUGCACUUUAUAUUAAUGUUUGUUUAGAGCUGUCAGUAUUACAACUAAUUCACAACCAUAAACGGUGACAAAAAUCAGACGAGGGUUUCUCUUGAUGUCAGCUGAUGGCAAAGUCAGCCAGGAAUUCAUUUCCUAACACAAACAUUUGAUUUAAAAUGCAUCAAUGUAGAAUUAUAUGCAUUUGUAUUUAGAUGUCUUAAAAGGAACUGAGCCAAAUGAGUCUGUAAUAGAAUAACUUUAACUAAAAGCAACUUUAAAAGCUCUUCUUUGGCUCUGUCUUGUUUAAGCUGCUGUAAAUAAAAUUAAGCUGAGUUGA